GAUCCACAUGCGCAGGAGUAUAUAGAGUGGCGAGCUAGCCGCGGCCGCCUAAUUGCUCACCGUAUGUUGCGCGCGCCGGUACAGUGCAACGAAACACUCCCGCGCAUAUUCCGCGACUCGACAAGCGAACUCUUCACUUGUGAUUUAUAGUUCCUCUGGAUUUUAUUAGCACCUAGUGAGAAAUAAAUCUGAACUUAAUACUUAGUGCCUUUUUUGUGAAGUUCCAUUUUUGAAUUUUUGAAAUUACUUAUUUCAAAAUGUUGAGUGGGUGGCAGCUGAUUUUAUCGAAGUUAUUUAUAAUACCUCAAAGAUGGGUGAUGGCAAUCAUGGGGUUCUUAGCGGUCGCCAACGCGUACACGAUGCGCGUUUGUUUAAACAUAGCCAUUACACAAAUGGUCCACCGGCCCUCUCAUUCUGCAGGCAAUGACGGGUCUUGUCCCGCUGGUGACAUCGAUGAUAUUCAUAUGGAAGGAACUGACACCACCGAACUGACAGGUUUCGACUGGGACGAAGCGACGCAAGGUAUGAUCCUGAGUGCAUUCUACUACGGGUACAUAGUAACCCAUUUGCCUGGUGGGAUGUUGGCGGAAAGAUUUGGAGGGAAAUACUCUCUUGGUUUCGGAGUGCUUAGUACUGCAGUCUUCACUUUACUGACGCCAUGGACUGUCCAUAUUGGUGGAGCUACUGGCCUCAUCAUUUUGAGGGUGCUCGAAGGUCUUGGAGAGGGCUUCACCUUUCCUGCACUAAACGCGAUGCUUGCCCGAUGGGCGCCGAUAUCGGAACGAGGACGAAUGGGAUCCCUAGUCUUCGGAGGUGCACAGAUUGGCAACAUCGCCGGAACUUACCUAUCAGGAUUGGUCAUCAAGGAGACUGGGGAAUGGCAAUCUGUGUUCUACCUCUUUGGUGCCAUCGGUAUCCUGUGGUUCAUUCUUUGGGCGAUCCUCUGCUACAACGACCCUGAGUCUCAUCCAUUCAUCUCGGACAAGGAGAAGAAGUAUCUUGAAGAGGCGCUAGGCAGUCACCGCAGCAGUCUUCCAUCGGCUAUACCCUGGAAAGCCAUCUUCAUGUCUGUCCCACUAUGGGCCCUGGUUUGCGCUCAGAUCGGUCACGACUAUGGGUACUUCACGAUGGUGACCGACCUUCCUAAGUACAUGACAGGAGUCCUCAAGUUCGACAUCCAUAGGACAGGCACGCUUGCAGCCCUACCUUACGCGGUCAUGUGGCUGAGUUCCAUCGCAUUCGGCUGGAUUUGCGACAAGAUCGUCAAGAGAAAUUGGCUGACUGUCACCAACGCUAGAAAGACUUUCACCACCAUCGCAUCUGUUGGACCUGGUAUCUGCAUGAUCCUCGCUUCAUACUCCGGCUGCAACACUGAAGCUGUGGUCAUUUUGUUCACUGCGUCCAUGGGUCUGAUGGGAGCCUUCUACCCUGGCAUGAAAGUGAACGCGCUUGACCUAAGUGGCAAAUACGCUGGCACCAUAAUGGCGAUCGUGAAUGGCAUAGGAGCUAUUACAGGCAUCAUCGCACCAUACCUAGUCGGCUUACUGACUCCUGAUAGUACGCUGGUACAAUGGAGGCUGGUGUUCUGGAUAGCUCUUGCCGUGUUCAUCGUCACGAACUUGGUAUUCGUCGCGUGGGCGUCCGGUGACGAACAAUGGUGGAACACCACCACGCAAGACCCAAGGAAGCAACGCGAGGCUGAGGCAGGAACAAACCACUCCGUCAAUGCCGAGGUCAAGUUGUAGAGCAGACAACAAAAAAUAUUUGGUUCAAAUCGCGAAAAAUGAGGAAAAUAUUCGACUAGAACUAAAGGCUCUAGGCGUUUUCCUGUUAACGUUACGGAAGAAAAUGUAAAUAUAAUAAUAAUAAUUUAAUUAGACGCAGUGCCCAAGGAAAUACUUUAUCGUACUUUAGACAAUAAAAGACGUACUUACAUGACGUUUUGUGGUAGUGAAGACAUUUCUAUAUAAUAAUGACAAGAUAACUGAACUCGACGAGUGUAAAAAUGUAUAGUACAAACUGUAAGCGUUUUAUGAAAUUCUUUAAAUCAUAAUAAUAGGCGGUUCACUGAAUCUACAGCCAGUGUUAUGUGAUAGUAAUAUUAAAUAAUUCCAAUGUAGCUAAUUAGUUUUUUGUUAUUAGGCAAAUGAAGGCUACACAAGUAGUAAAGUGAAUGAGUCUGGUUCAACGUGAAAUUCAAUAUUUAUUAACAAGUAUUAUGAUGUUGUUGAUGACUGUAAUUCUAAGUUUAAAUAGCUUAUAAGUAGUCAUAGACAAAGUAUUAGUUAUAUUAUGUAUGAAGUAUGAAUGCUUAUUUGUAAAUAUUUGUGGGGGAGAUAUUUAUUUGCAGAGAUAAAUAAAUUGUUUUUGUUCACUUUGUUUUUGUGUGGAAAUGGAUUUUUUGCAAAAAAGGCUGUGAACAAAUUCGAAUUUUCGCAAGUACUAUGUGGGAUAAUAAACUUUUGUACUAGAGUGCAUUUUCUGGGAAUUAGUUCGUGUUGUGAGUGCUUUUAUAGCAAUGAAAUGUGCUAAGAUACAAAAAUAUAUUUAUUGUUGUUUAUUGUGAGUCAUGAAAGAACAUAACCAUGGGGUUUUUGAUAUUAGAGACCUACAAAAGCACCUAUUUAGAUAAAGGUAAAUGUUAAAAGUAAAUGGGAUACAAUAUGAACAAUACAAGAGAUCCUAGGGUUCAUCUUCAGUAUCACUUAAUUACAUGUUUUCGGUUUUGAUUUUAAUUUUAUAACAAAACUUUUAUAACCGCGUAAGGACUACACCAUUUUUGUAUUUUUAAGACAGUAAUAAUUGUCUAUGCUAUGUUCUGUUGACUUACAACACAAUAUAAAUAUACUUUUGUUAGUCUUUAUUUUGGUAUACUCUAUGCAUUUGAUUUCAGGGUGCAUUUUGUGCCAUUUAAGAGAUCUGUGUGCCGGCUUUAUUAUAGUUUUAAAUUAGUAUUUAAGUCGUACUGAGACUAAGAAUGGAGAUUCCAUUGCUUGUUUUAACUGAGAUAGUAACUUGUAAGUUAUUUUGUACAAUAUUCUUGUAUUUUGUUAAAAUAAAAAAUCGUUUAAAAACACAAAUAUAUUAAUUUAUUUUUAUUCCAUUAUAUAUUACAAUACACUCCGAAGAAUGUGUGCGUUGUUGCUUCAAAUUAAAAUAAGCUUCUACAGAUUAAAAAUAGACAUUUUAUUAGACUCAGUCCAAGUGUUUCCAACACGUCUACUUACAUAAUAAUAAACAUACAUUUUAUACCAUAAUUCCCUUUUUGAAAU